UUCUGUAGAGAGCGCUUGAAGAGGGUAGCCGUCCUGCCACUGCCGUCUGUCCAGUUCUUCAUAAACCCAUCUGUCUGCUUGGCUGACCACUGUUCAUCUGUAAACCUGUUUGUCUGCCUAUCUGUAAGUCCAUCUCUUUCCAAAUGUCUCUCUGACCAUCCUCUCUGUCGAGCUAUCUAACCUGUAUGUCAAUCCAUCUGUCUGUAUCAAGCCCCACAAUUUUUCUCUCUGUCCAAUCAUCUGUGAGUCUAGUUUUUAUCCACCUGUCCUUUUUUGUCUGACCAUUGGCUUAUCUACCAUCUGUCUCCCCUGUCUCCCUGGACCACUGAAACAUGGCCCAGGGCCACAGGGCCACAGUCGGCUUGGUCCUGCUGGGACUGGGGCUGGCACUGACGAUCAUCGUUCUAGCUGUGGUCCUCUCUCGCCGCCAUGCCCAUUGUGGCCCCAAGGCCUUUGCCCAUGCUGCUGUCGCUGCUGACUCUAAGGUCUGCUCAGACAUUGGACGAGCCAUCCUCCAGCAGCAGGGCUCACCUAUGGAUGCCACCAUUGCAGCCCUGAUCUGUUCCGGCGUUGUCAACCCUCAGAGCAUGGGCCUGGGUGGAGGCGUCAUCUUUACCAUCUACAAUGCAACAACAGGAAAGGUGGAGGUCAUCAAUGCCCGGGAGACGGUGCCGGCCAACUAUGACCACAAUCUGCUGGACCAAUGUGAAAAGGCUCUGCCACUGGGCAUAGGGGCCCAGUGGAUUGGGGUGCCUGGGGAGCUCCGUGGCUACGCAGAGGCCCACCACCGCCACGGCCGUCUGCCCUGGGCACAGCUGUUCCAGCCCACUAUUGAGCUUCUCCGAGGGGGAUACCGCAUGCCCUCUGUCCUGAGCCAGUUCCUGAGCAGCAGGUUCCUGCAGCCUUCCUUACAGGCAUCAACCCUGAGGCAGCUCUUCUUCAAUGGGACGGAACCCCUGAGGCCUCAGGACCCAUUUCCAUGGCCUGCGCUGGCCACCACCCUGGAGACUGUGGCCACGGAGGGCGCAGAGGUCUUCUACACAGGGAGGCUGGGCCGGAUGCUGGUGGAGGAUAUUGCCAAGGAAGGGAGCCAGCUGGGUAUGCAGGACCUGGUAACCUUCCAGCCUGAGGUGGUGGAUGCCCUGGAGAUGCCCCUCGGAAACUACACCCUGUACUCACCGCCACCACCUGCGGGGGGUGCCAUUCUCAGCUUCAUCCUCAAUGUGCUGAGAGGGUUCAACUUCUCUGCAGAGUCAGUGGCUAGACCUGAAGGGAGAGUGAGCAUGUAUCAUCACCUUGUGGAAACACUCAAGUUUGCCAGAGGACAAAGGUGGCGGCUGUGGGACCCUCUCAGCCACCCAGAGGUCAAGAAUGCCUCUCAGGACCUGCUAGGGGAGGCUCUGGCCCAGCACAUCCGCCAGCAGAUUGAUGAACGUGGUGACCACCAGCUCAGCCACUACAACCUGGUCAGGACCUGGGACCACAGGAUGGGCACCUCUCAUGUGUCUGUGCUGGGAGAAGAUGGGAGUGCUGUGUCUGCCACCAGCACCAUCAACACUCCCUUUGGAGCGAUGGUGUACUCGCCGAGCACAGGCAUCCUCCUCAACAAUGAGCUACUGGACUUAUGCUGGAGAUAUUCACAAGGUUCCAAUGUCACCCCGCCACCAGGUGAGAGCCAAGCCUCCAGUCCAACUUCCACAGUUCCAGGUGAGCGGCCUCCAUCAUCCAUGGUACCCUCCAUCUUGGUCAACAAAAACCAAGGGUCAAAGCUAGUGAUUGGUGGAGCUGGUGGGGAACUCAUCAUCUCUGCUGUGGUCCAGACAAUCAUGAACAAGCUGUGGCUUGGCUUUGACCUGACAAAAGCCAUUGCGGCCCCCAUCCUGCACGUCAACAACAACGGCCAUGUGGAGUACGAGCCCAAAUUCAGCCAGGAGGUGCAGAAAGGGCUACAAGACCGUGGCCAGAACAAGACCCAGAGGCUGUUUUUCCUGAAUGUGGUCCAGGCUGUGUCUCAGGAGGGGACCUGUGUGUAUGCUGUUUCUGACCAGAGGAAAAGUGGAGAGGCAGCAGGCUACUGAGGAGACAGCUUAGCUCGGAGCCAGACUUCUGCCUUGGCUGGACUAGUCCAUGGGACAAAGCAUUUUGGCAGGAUCUAGACCCCUGACGGAAAGGUCAAACUGGAACUGAAAGAGGCAAAGCUGCCAGGGUGGGCUGCCUGCCCUAGAUGGACCUGGGUGUCUUGCACCACACUGAUUCCUGGCAGAUGGAUGACUGUGGGGGCUGAGCCUUGUUCUAACCCUUCCCCCACAGCCCCUGGUGGCCAUGCCUUGGCUUCUCUAGCAUUCCCCUGGCCUCUUGCCCACCUUCCCAAUCUGUGUAUCCACCAGUCCAAGAUUAAAGAGGAACCGGAUGAUAGCCCAA